ACAUUAUAUUUAAUUGGUAGUUCCCUUUCAACCGUCGUGUGGUGCGAUUCCUAUACUUUGUUCGCUCCGAUCCUCGCUGAAAAUAUUCAACUCGGUUAAUAUCCUUUCGGUCAUAGGAAAAGAAAGGAAAAAUGCGUGUGAUCACAUUCAACCUUUUGCUAAUGGCAAUUUGUGCUUGCUCAACUCUUUGGCCAGCGAGUGCCCUGGAAUGCUACAGUUGUGUUGGAGAUGAGUGCCAUGUGGAAACGGUUCCGACGGUUACAUGCACUCUAGAUGCCUCUGCAGCAUUUGGAUUGGAUAAAAUCGCCGCAUUCAAUCCGUUCAAACGGUCUCUUCUUUCUGUGAUGCCACGAGCUGAAGACGAUGACCCCACAACCGCAGAAUCCUCAACCUCCGAUUCUACAACAGAUUCUUCGACAGCCUCCUCCAGCACAAAUGGAGAUUCUAGCACGAGCUCAUUGGCUUCUUCCACCACAGAUAUUUCAACAUCCGGUUCAACUUCAGAUUCCUCGGCUGCUUCUUCCACCACAAAUGCAGAUUCUAGCUCCAGCUCUUUGGGUUCUUCCACGAUAGAUUCUUCAACCUCCGAUUCUACAACAGAUUCCUCAACUGCUUCCCCCACCACAAAUGGAGAUUCCAGCACUAGCUCUUUGGCUUCUUCCCCAACAGAUUCUUCAACCUCCGAUUCUACAACAGAUUCCUCAACUGCUUCUUCCACUACAAAUGGAGAUUCUAGCACUAGCUCUUUGGCUUCUUCCCCAACAGAUUCUUCAACCUCCGAUUCUACAACAGAUUCGUCGACUGCUUCCUCCACAACAAAUGAUGAUUCUAGCAGUAGCUCUUUGGGUUCUUCUACAACAGAUUCUUCAACCUCCGAUUCUACAACAGAUUCGUCGACUGCUUCCUCCACAACAAAUGAUGAUUCUAGCAGUAGCUCUUUGGGUUCUUCCACAACAGAUUCUUCAACCUCCGAUUCUACAACAGAUUCGUCGACUGCUUCCUCCACAACAAACAUUGAUUCUACAAGUAGCUCUUCGGCUUCUACAGAUUCUUCAUCGUCCGAAUCUUCCACCAGUUCUACAGCUUCUUCGCCAUCUUCAAGUCCUUCACCUACUCCCCCAACAAAGUACAAGGUUGCAGCCUGUUACAGCAUCUACAAGGACGGAGUGUUAAACCGCGGUUGUGUUAAGGUGCCCGAAGAACAAUCCGGCUGCCAGGCUGUGAAAAAUGAUCUUGGCAUAACUGAAGACUCUGCCGAUCAGUGCGAUAUCUGUUUGUCAGAUCGGUGCAAUGGAAGCACUAGUCUGAAGGUAUCACUUGGCGCCAUGAUUCUUCUCUUGGCGAUGGGACUUAAAAAUGUGCUGUAAGAGAUAGUGGAAAAAUACUAUGAAUUAUGUAUAUACUUGUUAGUAAUUUGUAUUCAUUUUUAAAUAAUAAAUGUUUAUCUUGUAUCACC